AUCAUCACUCAAAAAGAACGAACACAGAGUGCAGUGUGUAGGGCCGACAUUUUGUUUCACAUAGCGAACAACCGCUACGGGUCUUCGCGUGAAGUUCACGGGCAAAGGGGAACUUUAGGACCUCUUUUUCUCGAUCGAAAACCCACCCCGGGUCACAGUGGUGCAGUGCAGUGAAAUUCGACGCGUCGCUUUCUGGCUAUUUCGUACGAACGUUUCAGUGCGGACAGUUGCCACUCCGAUUUUUUCUCCUUUUUACUGUGGACGUGUCCAGGCUAUUGUGUUAUAAAUUGUCUCUGCGGUGCAGUGCCACUGAAAAAGUAAAUCGCAAAUCAAAGAGACCAGUGAAAUCGGGUGCUGGAAGGAUUAUUGGUUGCUUUGUCGGAAAAUUUCCUUCCGAAGAGCAGACGCAGUGCUAUGCAAAAGGAUUGGUCGUGAUUCGAGAAUUUAGAUUAGCUGGAUUGAUCUAGUUAGCCGGAUAUCAGCAAUUGGAGAGGAGCAAAGUCUAGUGUGUUUGACAAAAGGACGUGGCCAAAUACGCGGAUUAUUUGGAUUAGCAGCACCAGUCUCCUAGGGCGCGCACCCACUAGUGUGAAAAGGGGGAGAAAACACACUUGCAAGCAGCACAGCAGUAGACAAAUCAGUAACAAUGGGCACCCGUGAUGAUGAAUAUGAUUAUUUAUUCAAAGUUGUACUAAUUGGAGACUCCGGCGUCGGAAAAAGUAAUCUAUUAUCGCGAUUUACUAGGAAUGAAUUCAACUUGGAGUCGAAAUCAACCAUAGGUGUAGAGUUUGCCACCAGAAGUAUAGAGGUCGACGGCAAAACAAUCAAAGCCCAGAUAUGGGACACGGCCGGCCAGGAACGCUACCGAGCAAUCACGUCCGCGUACUACCGGGGCGCAGUUGGGGCCCUGCUCGUAUACGACAUUGCCAAGCAUCUGACGUACGAGAAUGUGGAACGGUGGCUGCGUGAACUGCGCGACCAUGCCGAUCAGAACAUCGUGAUCAUGCUGGUCGGUAACAAGAGCGAUCUGCGACAUCUGCGCGCGGUGCCUACGGACGAGGCGAAGGGAUUCGCAGAACGGAACGGCCUCAGCUUCAUCGAAACGUCGGCGCUCGAUUCGACCAAUGUUGAAACUGCAUUCCAGAACAUACUCACAGAAAUCUAUCGAAUUGUGUCGCAGAAGCAGAUCCGAGACCCGCCGGAAGGUAGCGUGAUUAGACCAAAUCUGGAAAACAUCGAUGUAAAGCCGACCAAUCCAGCAACCGAUUCGGUGCGAAAACAAUGUUGCCAGUGACCGCCACAAGCAGAAGCAACGCGAUCUGUUUUUAGUUCUGCUACUACAACAACAACUAGAACUACUACUUCAACUGCAUCUACUAUUACUACUAUUAUUAUUACUGCAGCAGCGACAGCAAAGGCGGCAAUAUCAAACAAGACCUUUCACGAUAGUAAUAAUAGGCCCGGUAAUAUAGUUUUGAUUUGAAGCAACCCAGAAACUAAAGCAACAUGGAUUAAAAUACAAAUUGAUUAUUAAAGAACUCAAACAUCCCUCCCCAUUACCUAUUAAAGAUACAAAACACACAGAAAUUAAAGUAGUCAAAUUGGUAAAAUAAACAAAGAGAAAUACCAACUAAUUAAUUAACACACAUACUACUAUUAUCCCUCCUUAAUAAACGAAAAAUCAAAUGACAAAACAAACUAAAAUCUUUCAACAGUACUAGAUGUCAAAACUUUCCAGCGGAGUAGUUGUUUAACACAUGUAUUUGUUGUUUGGAAAGGAACCGAGGAGUACUAAUCCUAAACUUUAGUAUUCUCAAUUAUGACUGUGUACCGUUUACGAUUAAAAAAAUGCACGCAUGAACUACAGCUACGACGGAAAAGAAAAGUCUUCGUUAUUCCUUCACCCUGUUCCCGGUUUUGGUUAACACAAAAUUGACGUUCUUAAGAGUCCGCGAAAAAUAUAACAAAUUCACGUAACAAUUCACACCAUCUUGAUAGAAACAAUUCACAACUUCCUAUGGUUUGCCCAGAUACAGUUGUGUCCACUAUUGGGUUGAUUGGAUGAAAUAAUGAAUAUUAUGUUUAUUGUUUUUUUUGUUCGUUUCUUCGUCUAAUUUCGGUGGAGUUCUCACAGAGGUAAAAACACACUGCAGUAACGCAACGCAAACCAGCUAGUAGAAAUUACGCUUUAGUGAAUUUAAAAUGCUGCUUUACACUGCAUAUGACAGGCAUAAUAUUCGAUAGAAAGAGGAGGGCUGGGAGACGGGGAUGCAUCUGAAAGCAAUUGAAAAGGAUACAGAUACACGCAUAAAACAUGCAAAAAAAAUGCAGUAAAACAGUCGUAUGGAAGAACAUACAUACAUAGGUGAUAUGCAAGAGGAGGAUGAAGUAUAUUUUAAAUUAAUUAUGAUCAAAAUGGUAAUUACAAAUAAAAUUCACUUGAAGAAUAAACAAAACCCUAUGACGAGAGAAGUUUUCUUUAUUUCUUGAAACAUCAGCAAUGCAACCGAUCUUUUUCUCAUGAUGCUAGUAGAAAAGGAAUAUGGAGGUGAGUAUGAUCGUAAAACAAAUGCUAGCCCAAAUGUCUUACAUUGAACUAUUUUUCGGUAUUUGGAGAAUGUUAUGCUUCAUGGAAAAUAAAUCUUAAAUAUUUACUUGGAAUUUAUUUUAUAAUGUACCUACGUUCAAACCACAGAGUUGUAAUUCUACACAAAUUACUAUUUGAGGAACCUAUAGCUAAAUCAUACAUAGGGAAGGUGCUCCACAGUACAUUGAGUAACUGGCCUAGUUCCUGAUGAGCAUAUUUUUUUCCAAAUUUUAAUAUUUUUUAUUGCAUAGCCUACCUCGUCGAUGUGUAUUUUUUUAAAUUUUGUUUUGUUUGAUCCUGAGAGGUAAGAAAACCGUGCUUGAUUUUGAAAGGUCGCUAAGAAAAUUGGAAGAAAAUAGUAAUUGUAGUAGUCGAUAAGUCAGAAGUAAUGAAUAAGGAAAACAAAGAUCGGCAAUUAUUUAUGUAGGAGAUGAGGUAAUAGAAAAUAGAAAAAAAAAACAAUAUUCAAAUAAUAUGUAUAAUGAAACGAGCGGAAUAAUUAUUAAACGAAAACAAAACGGUAACGUUGAAAAAUAAAUUUAACGACAGCAGAUUUGACAGAAAAUUGCAUUAUUUUUUGUUAAAUUAUAAUUGAUUUAAAUUUUACUUUAUUAACUAUUAUUCACUAUUAAACAAUAUACUCUAUUAUUAUUACAAAUGAAACGUAAUAAAAAUAAUGAAAUGUG